AUGCCCUCGCAGCCGGUGCUUCCCCCCCCCCCCCCCCCGCUGGCAGCUGCCCCCCUCCCCCCGCGGCUGUCCGUCGUAUCUAAGUCAUUCCUUAUUGUUAAAGCUCGGCGCUUCCCCCGGACGCUCGCUCGUCCGUCUCCGCGCUAUGUAAGAGCGUCUCCCGGGAGAGGCUCGGGGAAUGUAGAGACGAGCUUGAGCAAGGAUUCAGCUCCGGGCGAGGACACGCCGAUACAAAUAUUAAGUACACUUAUCACAUCGAGCGGCGACCGCUCCUACCGCUAA